AUGAAGAACAUCGCCAUUGCCUCUCUCUUCGUUGCUUCUGCAUCAGCCUUCCCUUGGGUUGUCAACCAGCCUGGCGUUGACAGCUCUCUGCUUGGACGCAAGGUCAGACGCCAGCAGGCGGGAGGUUUCCAGAAUGGCGGUGCUGCUACCUGCCCAUUCAAUGCAGACCACAAGGGUGCCGCACCUUACGACUCCAAGUACCCAUACAACGGUGCUCAGAACGGUGCACCAGGAAAGGGUAUUGGUGGCUACCAAGUGCCUGCUCCUGGUGAUACUGCACACCAGUAUGUUGCUCCUGGACCCAACGACAUUCGUGGACCUUGCCCUGGUCUCAAUGCAGCUGCCAACCACAACGUGAGUCCAUCCAAUUCCCUACACAAGGCCUUUUCUGACCUUUGCAGNUUCCUCUCUCACGAUGGUAUCACUACAUUCAACGAGCUUGUAGAUGCUCAGCAGAACCUCUACAAUGUUGGAUAUGACCUGGCCACACUUCUUGCUGCACUUGGUCUUACCCUCACUGAUGGUGACCUUGUUACCGANGAACUUUCCAUCGGUUGUGAUGCCACAACCAGAACCUCGUUCAGCCCUGUGCUCACAGGAUCUGAGCCUGGUCUUGACGGCCACAACAAGUUCGAGGCCGACUCUUCGUUGACCAGAGAUGACUACUUCCUUGCCGACGGAGACAACUACUCUUUCAACGGCACACUCUUCGGCAUGAUGCAAGACACUUGCCAGGGCAACUUCAACCGCGAGAACUUGUCCAAGUACCGCCUGCAGCGUUACACUCAGUCGCUUGAGGAGAACCCCAACUUCUUCUUCGGUCCUCUGACUCUUCUUCUCUACGGAGCUGCUUCCUUCUUGUACGAGCUCAUGCCCAACGGCAACCACGACUACGCUCCUGACCUCGAGACCAUCUCUUCCUUCUUCGGUGCCGUGGACAACGGUGACGGUACUUGGGGCUUCACCGGCGGCGAGCGCAUCCCUGACAACUGGGUCAACCGCGUUUCNCCCUACUCCAACCUCGACGUCACCACCGAGAUUGUUACCAUGUACCUCGAGAACCCUGUUCUGUUUGGUGGCAACACCGCCGAAGGCAGCUUCGACGCCAUCAACUUUGGCGCCAUCAAGAACGGCACUCUUGAGGCUUCUGUCAACGGCCCAGACACUGCUUGUCUGUUGUACCAGCUCACCACUGGUCAGGUGCCUAGCUACCUCAAUGGCUUGAUCACUCCUACUGUUGACGCACUCAACUUUGUUGCUGACAAGGUCGCUCCUUCCUUCAAGAACUUGGGAUGUCCCAUUGCUCUUACCUAA